AUGCUUCCUUUAUAUCUUUUGACAAAUGCAAAGGGACAACAAAUGCAAAUAGAGUUGAAAAACGGUGAAAUCAUACAAGGAACAUUGACCAACGUAGAUAAUUGGAUGAACCUCACCCUUUCUAAUGUAACAGAAUAUAGCGAAGAAAGCGCAAUUAAUCCUGAAAACAAUGCUGAUAGCAGUAAGGCCGUAAAAUUAAAUGAAAUUUAUGUUAGAGGGACUUUCAUCAAAUUUAUCAAAUUGCAGGAUAAUAUAAUUGAUAAGGUCAAGCAGCAAAUUAAUUCUAACAAUAACUCUAAUAGUAACGGCCCUGGGCAUAAAAGAUACUACAACAAUAGGGAUUCAAACAACAAUAGAGGUAACUACAACAGAAGAAGUAAUAAUAACAACAGCAACAGUAACCGCCGUCCAUACUCUCAGAAUCGUCAGUACAACAACAAUAGUAGUAAUAGUAAUAGCAACAAUCAAAAUAUGAACAAUGGUUUAGGUGGAUCCGUCCAACAUCACUUUAACAACUCUUCUCCACAAAAGGUCGAAUUCUAA